GAAAACGCCAUGCGUUGCCCGCAAAAUCUUCCAUUUCAUUUCUUUUCCUCUCAUCAGAUAGAAAAAUCCAAACCGUUGAUUUAAUUGGACGGUGGCAGAUGGAUUAAUCAUUGCCAAAGCCAAACACGACGAUGCUGAUAAAAACCCUCCUCGGUUCCCACUUCCCAGCACCCGAGUCGUUCCCAAUUCCCCUACCACACCAACAUCCCUAGAAAAAUCAUUCCAAAGCGUCCGGCCAAGCCGCUAGCCAUGGAUGCGGCGGCCUCAGCCGCUGUCGCGGCAGCCAAGGAGGCGGCUCUGGCCGCAUCUGCCGCGGCAUCUGCGGCUGCCAAGCAGGCGGCAGUGGCAGCUUCGACUGCGGUGGAGGCGGCGGCUGCCAAGGAGGCGGCGCUGGUCGCGUCUGCUGCCGCAUCGGCUGCCGCGAAGGAGGCAGCGGCGGCGGCUGCGACCGCGACGGAGGCGGCCGUGAAGGCUUCGGCUGCGUCCUUAAAUGCGAAGGAGGCAGCGGAUGCGGCGGCGGCCACAGGGGAGGCCGCGACGGUGGCGAUUCAGGCUUCCAAGAAGCGGAAGUUCCAUCUUAUCGACGGCGACGACGAUGAUCUCAUCAGCCGCCUCCCCGACGCCGUCCUCGGCAGCAUCGUGUCUCUUCUCCCCACCAAGGAAGGUGCCCGCACGCAGGUCCUCUCCCGCCGGUGGCGUCCGCUCUGGCUCUCCGGCUCCGCUCCUCUGAACCUCGUGGUGGACUCUGAACUCAAGACCAUCGGCUUGGUUUCAAAGAUCCUCUCCGAGCAUCCUGGACCCGCGCGCUGCUUCUCGCUCCGCCUCCACAUCGACGACUGCUCCCAGGCGCUGUACAGCCUGGAGGAGCUCGAGCUCGCCCCCAAUCUCUUGUUCGCCAAGACGGAGAAGUUGUGCCUGCUGCCAUCGUCCGUGCACCGCUUCUCGUCCACGCUCCGCGUGGCCAAAUUCCACGGCUUCCAUUUCCCCGACUUGAUUGUGCAGCUGUCCCUCAAGUUUCCGGGCCUCGAGCAGCUGACCCUGGCUAGCGUCACCAUCUCAGAGGACGCCCUCCAGACUCCAGAGCAUGCUCUCUGGCUGCCCUGCCUUGGAAAGCCUCGAGCUGAAGGAAAAUUCGGGCAUUGCUCGCCUCUGCAUCAGCUCCCAGACCAUUAGGAGCUUAGUUUGGCAAGUUUGGCAGCACUGUCUUUCUAAAACUGUGGUAAUCCAAAACCUCAGUUUCUCAACGCGAGGGCAAUCAAUACCUCAGUUUGUCUAAACCAUGGUUUUUCUCUGUUUUGCGGAAACCAUCUAUUGGUUUGGCAAAUGUUGUUUUCUUGUAAUUUUUGACUGACUACAA